AUGGGGGAGAAACAUUUCUCUGCACAUAAUCAGCAAACUGAGCCCAAGCUGAUAAUACAGAAAAUCAAAGCAUGCUCUCAGUUACUAGAGAGUAAGUUGUUUGUUUUAGUGCUCGAGUAUCUCCUCGCAAUUGGUAACUUCCUGAACACACACGCUGGCAAAAAAAAAGUGAAGGGAUUUUGUCUUUCCUCCCUGACAAAGGUAGUCCAGUUACGAGGCAAGGACAGGAAGUUCACCUUACUUCAUGCUCUCGUGGAGCAGAUUAUUUCACAAGACCCAACCUUGGCAAACUUUCACCAAGAGCUUACAGAAUUUGAAGAUGUACCUGGAGAUUCCAUCAAAGGUUUGAUUGCUGAAGUUGAUGUACUGAAGAAUGAAUUGGUAAAAAUUCGUCUGCACACAAAAGUGUUCAAAUCCAGGAACAAGAUGAGCCCAGAUGGACAGUUCUACAAAGGGCUAAAGGACAUAAUUCAAAAAUACGAAGCUAAAUUGUCAGACUUGACCAAACAAUGUGAUGAAAUGAAGAAGCUCUACAGUUCUAUCUUGGUUAAGUUUGGGGAGCCACAGAAUCGAGAUUCACAAGAGAUGUUUGGAUGGAUCUCGUCCUUCAUUAAGGAUUUUAGGAGCAUUGUCGCAGAACAAAAAAACUAUAAAUGGGAAGCAGCUCAAAAAUGAUGUGAACCCUAGUCAACAUGAAACCUUCUGGGCUUUUCCUAUUUCACAAUUGAGAAAGAAAUGUACUUGAGAUUUUGUCUAGAUUAAUUUCUUAAAUCCUCUAUUUUAUACUUAGGAGCACCUUGCACUGCAGAUGAAAUCAAUUCUUGUGUACCAAAGAUGCGCACAUUGUAGUCUGCAAACUGAACAUAUUCAUAUUCUUUAAGAUAAUAAUUUUAACUCCAUUUAAUUUAUCUCCUUCAAUGCUUUACAUCUUCUGCAAGAACAACAGUUAACCUGCCCUCAAGUUUUCCCUCGAACAAUAGUUCUUAGGAAAAAAAAGGUCUGAACUGACCCACUUACCCAAUCGAUGAGAUGGAUUUACAACUUUGGAAAGGUCAUUUUGAGGUAACCCAGAGAUACAGAGCAGCAUCUCUUUCUGUGCAGCGCAGAAUGUCAGAUUAACAGAAAUAUGCCUCACUCCAGUUUAAGGUAGCUAAGCAUUGCUUGCAGUAGGUUUUUGCAAUGAUAUUCUUAGAAUCUGAAAGAGUGAAUCCAUGCAGCACACUUACAUGCAGAUUAACAUUCAGCUCAUCAGUAUGUGGAGCAGCUUAGUGAACUAGGACUGAUAUUUUUCUCUUAUUUUUGAUAUUUUUCUACAGCUAUGUGGUGUGAACAAUAAAGAAAUCAUCUUAUUUGAUAAGACGGUCAAUUUCUAUCAUAAAUAUUCUCAGGGGAGUGAGUGACAAAAUUAUUAUGUCUGCCUUGGGUUUAUAUUCAGCUCAAACUGAUGGGAUGAAAGCAUUUUUUAAAUCUCUUGAAAAUUACUUAAUGAAUUGAGUAAAAUCAGUUCAGACAGUCUGAAAGCACCACAAAGACUAACUAGAAUGUACCAGUGAUUGUCACUAAUUGGACAGUCCCUGUCUUAGAAGCUACAAGGAUGGCUCUUAUCAGAGGUUGGAAUAUCACUUUAAUGUAAGGAGGAAGUUUUCUGAGGUUGUUAUGAUAGCAAGGAGAGAGAACAGGAGGGAGACUUUUUGACGUACAAAAAUUGCACAGCUUUGAGUAAACAUAAUGGAAUGUAUAGUUACGAGUGCACAAGCGCACGAUGGAAAUUAAUUCAAUCACGUAAAACAAAGAAAAACAUUUUUUUCAAAACCAUUUGGUUACUUUGUUUUUAUUAACAAUGAGAAUUUGAGGUCCAGAUUUUGCAAUGAGUUCAGUUACAACGGCAUAGCUCCACACAGGAAAAAAUGUCGCUGAAAGGGAUUGAUUUUGAGACAUACCAAACAUCCAUAAAACUGUUCAUUUCCCCAACUCUAUAUGACAUUCACCGACACAUCUCGUAAUCUAAUAUGCUUUAUGAUUUAGUUUUCAGCUGUCAGAAGCCCCUUGGCCAGACCUAUUCUCUUCAUAUAAAUGACUUUAGUUUCUGUUUUGCUCAAGCAGAGAUAUAAACUUUAAUGUCUUGUUUUUACUUGGUCUUUUAGAAUUCACAGUGUCUUUUAUGUGACUGAUGUCUGAGUUUCAAUUUCUCUAUCAUUAUUGUCCCUGUAUGUAUAUUAUCUAUCAGUCUGUCAAGGUUGUAGUGGUGUCCAGGAUUGGCUGCUAUAACCCUUGUGUGUGACUGUACUCAAGACCACGUGCUCAGUGAGAUGUCUGAUCAGUCUACAGGCACUAUACGUAAUACCAGAAAAUGGAACAGUUUCUGCUAUCUCAGUACUGAAGCGGUUUUUGGGAAAUAAUGGCAUAGUGGUAUUGUUUCUGGGCAAGUGACUCGGGGACCUGGUUUUGAAUCUAACCACAGCUGAUGGAGGAAUUUGGAUUCAGUGAAAGAUUCUGGACUUAAAAGUCUAAUAACGGCCAUUGUUCAUUGUUGUAAAAGCCCAUCUGGUUCACACAUGUCAUUCUGGGAAGGAAAUCUGCCAUCCUUAUCUGUUCUGGUCUAUGUGUGACUCCAGACCUAUAACUAUGUGAUCGACUCUUAUCUACCAUCUGAAAUGGCCUAGCAAACCAUUCAGUUCAAGGGCACCUGGGGAUGGGCAACAAAUGCUGGCCCAGCUGGUGACGCCACAUCCCAUGAAAGAAUUGAAAAUCUCCGCCCACGGUUCAAGUGUUUGACAGGACAGCCAAGGCAGGUAUCACUGUAAUGAUUAAAAUUCUGAUCAGGGGAAGAAGGAAAUGUGGCUGUCAUUGUGAAGGAGAAGAAUUCAUGAAACCCGAGAAGGAGCUGAGUAUCUGGUGGCUGUUAAAGGUGAGAGAAGUGACACGAAAGAGCUACAUAUGAACGUACAAGAAGAAAGGAUCAAACUAAGAGUUCCAUCAUCCUAUCCUACUUCAUUCCACAUGGGUCAUAUCAUUAAAUCUACUUCUCACUCCCCAGAGUUAUACAAUCUGAGAAAUGCAAUUUAGGGGGAGGAGAUUUUCUGGAAGAUGCACUGAUGAUUGAAUAGACGGGGAUCACAAUCAUUGGAAUUAUUUCCACCUUCUUUCUAUAGUUUGAGGUAUCUUUCUGCUGGUUACUGGUCUGCAGAGACUUCUGGGGCAUGAUAAGCAGAGCUCCUCUAUUCUUUCCUAUUGUUGAAAUCAAUGUUAUUCAAGUAGCUUUGUGAGAUCAUUCAGGGUGAGAACACAGUGGAUGGAAUUAACAUUCUAGGGCUGGAAUGGGUUCGGGGUAUGUCUACUAGAUAAUGAUGGUGCUCAGCAGCCUGCAGAUUCCAGAUGGUUUCCUGCUCUCCAGCAAUUUUGGUGGAGGUGUCCAGGGUUGUAGCAACACAUGUGAAAGGGGGAAAUGAAUCAGCCAUGUGAAAACAUAUUACAGGGGUGAAACCGACUGGAUCAUCAGCAAUUCCAAGUAGAUGAAAUGACUGCACAGCAGACAGCCAGUCUGAGCACAUGGAGGAAUUUCUGAUGCAAAAGGUGGAAUAAACACAGAAAACAUGACUUAUGAUGCUUCAGUUGGAGACACUGGGGUAGUUGCAGAGUUACGCUUUCAGAGGUCAAUGAGACACAGCAGGAGUUGAUCCACACAACUGGUCACAUACAGCUGUUGGCAUGUGAGGCUUUCCCUGGACAUGGGGCUCAGCUAUUCUUUAGGUGGCUGAGGUGUUGAGAAGCUGAUCAGCAGCAACAGCUCCAUGAUAAUGAGGGGCAGGGAGGUGAUACUGUGAUUGCUUGAUUAAUUUAUUGUUGUCACGUGUACCAAGGUAUAAUGAAAAGUG